GUAACUCAUAGACUUGGUCUUUUGUAAUUGUUAGGCUAUCCUGCUUGUGACCCGACAUAUUUAUUCCCCCGUCGCUGCAAUUUUGGCUUUGACGUCUUUGCUCUCCUCCCAUAUGGACCCGGGACGCUAGGCCAGCUGCAAAAAGGACCCCAACGCAGCUGCAUAUCAAGGAAGCACAGCGUUGUGUGCAGGCGACGCCCACAGGAGCCAUGAGCUCUCGCGUCGGCUCUUCCUUUGGGGUCCUUCCGUCGGCGAUUAACUACUCCCAGGAGCAGCUGCUAAGUCAUCUCUCUAAGAGCAGUGCCAGCCAGCAGCACCAGGAUGUGAGCAAGGGAGUAUCUAGCAACGGUCGGGCCAUGCUGGGUGACCUGACAAACAAUGGUCAGCAGCGACCUGUCGCGGGCGAGCGGAAAGCCCUUUCAGCGUUGAACGCGGGUCAAGCCUCGUUCGGCUUCCCGCAGCCGGUCAAGGCCCAGCAGCAGCCCUCGUUCCACCAGCCUUCCAUUCCGCUUGCGGCUUUCUCCGACCCCCGCAUCAUCGAUGGUGCCAGCGUUCGGUCGUCUGGUGACCUGCGCAAGAAGGCCUGGAUUGACGUGGACUCGCUGAACCACGAAGACCCGCAGGCCGUCAGCCAUUACGCCGGUGCCAUCUUCGAGUACCUGCGUGAGGCAGAGCUCAUGCGGCGGGCCAUCCCGGACUACCUUGAUUCGCAACCCGAGAUUAAUUCGAAAAUGCGGUCGAUCCUGGUGGACUGGCUGGUGGAGGUUUCGGAGGAGUAUCGCAUGGUGCCCGAUACCCUGUACUACGCCGUCAACUUCCUGGACCGCGUGCUUACCCUGCAGCGGGUGUCACGCUCUCAACUGCAGCUGGUGGGCAUCACCUGCAUGUGGAUUGCCGCCAAGUACGAGGAGAUCUACCCGCCCAACGUGAGCGAGUUCUCGUACAUCACGGACAACACCUACAGCCGCGAGCAGCUGGUAGCGAUGGAGGAGGAGGUGCUGCGGCAGCUCAAGUACGAGCUGACCGUGCCCACUGCCAAAACAUUCCUGCGCCGCCUGCUGCAGGUUUGCAGCCCUGAUGACCAGCUGCACUUUGUGUCCAACUACCUGACGGAGAUCUCACUCAUGGAGGCCACCAUGCUGCACUUUUUGCCCAGCGAGAUUGCCGCGGCGGCCGUGUACCUGGGCAACCUGAUCCUGGCGCGUGCUCCGUGGUCGCCCACCCUGGAGCACUACUCGUACUACACGCCCGCGCAGAUCGCAGAAUGCGUGGAGGCGCUGGCCACCCUGCACAUCCAGGUCAACUCACGCGCACAGGGUGGCGAGCUGACGGCUCUGUACGACAAGUACAGCCACAGCAAGUUCCUUAGCGUCUCGCGAGUUAGCCCCCUGCCACUGCCGGUGGUCAACCAGCACCUAUCCAUGAUUAUGGGCGGCAGCAGUGCCAGCGGCGCCAGCGGCAUUCACCGCUCGUGAGGGGCUGCACGACGCAAUCGUUUCAUCGGAAGAUUGCUGACACCAGACAUGUCAGAAUUGUGACUAGGCUGUAUCUGUUAGUGACGGGUGGGUUUUGGAGCGCGCCACGCUAUCGUACAUGACGCUGCAAGAACUUAUGACGAGGGUCUGGUAGGGGGCAGAGCGCAAGGUGGUGGGUAGGCUAGUUGACAUGAGAGCCGAAUGCUUUCGACGUUGCUGGCGUCAGCCACAACCAUAAGUGGGGCCAUUUAUUUUCUGCUUCACCCAAGAACCAAGUACAUUUCUAUGAUUCCCGUUAGGCUAGAUGCUACGCGUUGUGGAGGGAAGCCUGAAUGAUGAUGUUCUUGAUCCAGAGUGCCUUGGUUGCACUACCUGUAGAUUGGGCAAAUGCCCAUGCGGCGACGCCCACAGUGCAUGUGGUGUCCACAACCGCGGCUGGUGUAAUUUUGUAGGUAG